GUUGUCAAGUUCCGUCGGACUGGGGAAAGUGCCAGAUCAGAAGAGGAUAAUAUAUCAGGGGAACAUGAGAUACAGAUUGGACGUGUCCACACAGAUUUGGAAGCAGUGGAGCUGGAAGAUGGAACAAUGGUGCCAAAGGAGUUUGCAAACCCAACUGAUGAUACCUUUAUGGUGGAAGAUGCUGUGGAAGCUAUUGGCUUUGGAAAAUUCCAAUGGAAACUCUCAAUCCUUACUGGUCUGGCCUGGAUGGCAGAUGCUAUGGAAAUGAUGAUACUUAGCAUCCUGGCUCCACAGCUCCACUGUGAAUGGAGAUUACCCAGCUGGCAGGUGGCUUUGCUCACAUCGGUUGUCUUUAUAGGAAUGAUGUCUAGCUCUUCCCUCUGGGGAAAUGUCUCUGACCAGUAUGGCAGAAAGACAGGUCUAAAGAUUAGCGUAUUCUGGACUUUGUAUUACGGGAUCCUCAGUGCAUUUGCACCAGUCUAUAGUUGGAUUCUGGUGCUUAGAGGAUUGGUUGGUUUUGGGAUUGGAGGAGUCCCUCAAUCAGUAACCCUCUAUGCAGAGUUCCUUCCAAUGAAAGCUCGAGCAAAGUGUAUCCUGUUAAUAGAGAUUUUCUGGGCUGUUGGCACCGUGUUUGAGGUUCUACUAGCUAUUUUUGUGAUGCCCACAUUGGGAUGGCGCUGGCUUCUUAUACUGUCUGCCCUUCCCCUCAUGCUUUUUGCCAUUAUGUGCUUUUGGUUGCCAGAGAGUGCAAGGUAUGAUGUUCUGUCUGGGAAUCAAGAGAAAGCUCUUGCUACUUUGAAACGUAUUGCAACUGAGAAUGGUGCACCAAUGCCUCUAGGGAAACUAAUCUUAUCAAGACAGGAAGAUCGUGGUAAAAUACGAGAUCUUUUUACACCUCAGUUCCGAUGUACAACACUGUUGCUUUGGUUUAUAUGGUUUUCCAAUGCCUUUUCAUACUACGGACUGGUUCUCUUAACCACAGAACUCUUUCAAGCUGGAGAUGUAUGCAGUAUUUCCAGCCGAAGGAAGACAGUGAAGCCAAAGUGCAGCCUGUCCUGUGAAUUUUUAACUGUGGAAGAUUAUACUGAUUUAUUAUGGACCACACUAUCAGAAUUCCCUGGUGUGUUGGUGACUUUAUGGAUCAUUGACCGACUGGGGCGGAAGAAGACAAUGGCCAUCUGCUUUUUUGUUUUCUCCUUUUGUGCACUUCUUCUGUUUCUUUGUGUUGGAAGGAAUGUGCUCACAGUUUUACUCUUCAUAGCAAGAGCCUUUAUUUCAGGUGGAUUCCAAGCUGCCUAUGUUUACACUCCAGAGGUCUAUCCAACAGCUACACGAGCAUUAGGUCUAGGAACUUGCAGUGGGAUGGCUCGUGUAGGGGCAUUAAUCACACCUUUUAUUGCACAGGUGAUGCUCGAGUCUUCUAUAUAUCUCACAGUGUUGGUGUACAGUGGUUGUUGUAUUUUAGCAGCACUGGCUUCUUGCUUCCUUCCCAUUGAAACCAAAGGCCGUGGACUACAGGAGUCCAGCCACAGAGAAUGGGGUCAGGAGAUGGUGGGAAGAGGAGCGCACAAUGAUGGAGUCACUCCUUCAAACUCUGGCUCACAAGAGUGA